UAUUACAAAGCAUCUGUUGUUCAUUCAUCUUCUAUCCAGAAUGGUAUAGGAACUGCAAAAGGCAAAUUACAGACACUUCGCCAUAGUUCCGGCAACCCCAAUCCCCAUAUAGACAGUCUACUGGCCCAUAUAGACAGCAGUGCCAAGUUUCCUCGUCAUCUCACAUCGGGGCGACUGUUUCGUCGGAGCAAGUCAGAGAGAGCUUUGGUCACUCCAUCAGUAGAAGCUGUCGGUAAUCAAAGACUUCAACAUGUCAGCAAACACCACCGAGACCCUUCCGUCUACACCCAGAAAAGAGCUCUCGACGGACGUGACCCCAUCUAUCCUGUCGGAAUAUCCUUCAACCACCGCAGGUCUAGGAGAACCGAAGCACAGUCGGCUGACAGCCUUCCUGCCCAGGGGAUCUCUCCGGUGUGAAUUUGAUCACCAACAUAUCCGCAAGUUUGACUUUGGGUUUCUACCUAUUCCUCCUGGUCGACGGCAUGAUCCUAGUAAAAAAGUGAGCGAAGAGUUUGUAUUCACUUGGAAACUCAAUUUGCUCUUUGCUUUUGCAGCUACUGUAUCCGUCAUGAAUUUGUACUACAUCCAACCCAUGUUGGUUGCCGUUGCCGAUUCUUUUGACGUAUCUCACGACGUCGUCUCGCGUAUACCCAUUCUCGCCCAAGGUGGCUACGGCUGUGGCAUCCUCUUCAUUUCCCCUCUAGGCGACCUUGUCCGGCGACGCCAGCUUGUCCUGAUUCUAAUGUUCUUUACAACUUGUCUCUCCAUCGGACUUGCUCUCUCAAAAAAUGUCAACAUGCUUUCAGGGUUGAGUUUUGUGGUAGGGUUCUUCACGAUCACUCCUCAGAUCGUCAUCCCUUGGACUGCCGAUUUAGCCCCUCUCAAGAGAAGGGCAACAGCGAUGAGUGUGACUCUUUCUGGCCUGAUUGUGGGCUUGGUGGUGGGUCGAACGUUGGCUGGUAUCAUAAGUCUAGCUGGCUGGAGGUACAGUUAUUGGAUGGCCGUGGGUUUACAAGGAUCGAUGCUUAUAAUCUUAUGGCUCUGUCUGCCUGAUACUCCGGAUAAAAAGAUUGGCCUCACAUAUCCACAGGUGCUCUGGUCGAUGGCCAAAAUGUACACAAAAUAUCCGACUCUCGCGCAAGCUUGCUUCCAAGCCUACACGACUUCGGCGGUUUUCGCAGGCUUCUGGACAACCCUUACAUUCCUCCUCUCUGACUCACCGUACCACUACUCCACACUCCAAAUCGGUCUUUUCGGUCUCUUGGGCCUAAUCGCUGCUCUGCUCUCCCCUCUUUGGGGCUACCUCAUCGACCAGGUCCAUCCUUAUCUGGCUCAACUCGUUGGGAUCUGGGUCUGCUUGAUCUCCAUGAUUAUCGGUCUCACAGCUGCUAAAGUCAACGUCAGCGCAGUGUGCAUUGCGAUUGCAUUUUACGAUGUAGGACAGCAAUUGAAUCAGCUUGGGAAUGGAUAUAGAGUGGCGGGGAUUGAUCCUAAUGCGAGGGCGAGAUUGAAUGGAUGUAAUCUGUUGGCUCUUUUUGCUGGACAGACUUCUGGUACGGCGAUCAUGACCAAGAUCUACAAUUCUCAUGGCUGGUAUCCCACUGCAGGAACGGCUGUUGCCUUCCUAGGUGUGGGCAUGCUUGCACUCCUCCUACGUGGACCGCAUGAAACUGGGUGGAUAGGAUGGAGUGGGGGUUGGAAGGUUCUGAAAAAGGAGAAAAUGAGUGAUACAAGUGCCAAUGCGAUUACCGAAAAGUUCAAAUCCAAGAAAAAGAAGGAACAAAGUGUGAAGCCAGUUGAGUGGCCGAUAGAAGGGGAAAAGAACGUCUAAAAACGUUUGUUGGGGAAAUAUAUAACCUUUGUACAUACAAUACACUGAUACAAUAAUGCUAUAAGGACAAUGCCGUCCUUCUUCGCAAUUUAUUCUAUGCAAUGACACAGUCC